AUGAAUGACGAGACAUGGAAGCCCAGCUGGAUUGAAGAGGACCGGGCUGCUGAGCUUAACGAGAACCGCAUGGAAGGCAUCCUGCUCCCACGCACUUGGAGCCAUACCCCUGCCCGGGACAUGCUCAAUCUUCAAGCCAAUGAAGGAAGUACCUUCAAAGGAAAUCUUCGUCUUUUAUUCGCUGCGUCAGGAGAUCUUGGAAAUGUCUUCACAACGAUCGCCAACCUCCCGCAGAAGUACAGUGGCUCUAUUGGAUUUACAAUCAAUGACGUGGAAUUUAACAUCGUCGCCCGCAACAUCAUUAUCCUGCUCAUACCUAUUGUCGUUGAAGACAUGGAUCAAGCAAUUGACUGCAUGAUUCACAUCUGGUACUCGAUUAUGAUCCGCAAGUCAGAUAUUUUUGUUCUUCAGAAGCGGAUUGCUCCCAUCCUCGCCACAAUUCAAAAAGAGAUUAAAGCUCUUGAUCUUGCGCAAGGCCGCAUUCUGCAAAAGACAUUUUCCUUUGGUUCACGUUCUCUCAAAAUCGGCCUCUCCCGUGAAGCAUGGAAUAAGCUCCCGCAUUUCCUUACAGCGCCGACUGGCCUAUCAACUCCUUCACACGCUUGGAAAACUGACGAUGUUCAUCGACGUAUGGUUCUCAUGCCACCUGCUCGGCGACUUGCCUAUACCAAAUGGCUCACGGAUGGACUCUUGCUUCCAUACGGGCAUCCACACCACGACUUUACUGAGCAUAACCCAACACUGUGGUUGACCGCAGAUGACUGGCCCGCAAGAUCUGUGUUCGAGCCUGUCCGAGGAUGGUCUCCCCAAGUAGUGGAUGAGACACGGAAUGGAGGCGCUGAAAAUGAUAUCUACGGCAAGCUUUUCUUCCACCUUCGUCAGUUGCUUUCAGACUCUCUAUCCCGGAUGUCGACUAUUAAAAACACUAUCCACAUUCUGCACAUCUCUCCCCUCGAUUUGCCCCAUCAACUGAAUGGUACUACCUUCGACAGAAUUGAUACAUCAUGGCUCGCAGAUCCUCACUGUUAUGGCAUGAAGACAGUGAUCAGCCAUUUCAACCAUUUGCUUCCGUCCAAGCAGGCAAAUCCCCACGCUACCAUGACUUGUCUCCUGAAGACUGUCGUUCUUAUUGUCGUCAAUGAAAAAAACACAGGGCUGACAAUCCCCGGAUUGAAUUCGCCAGGUCACAAAAGACUCUGCAAAUUCGCCCCUGAGUCCAUGGAUCCUCUGACAGGUGACGACAAUGAUCCGAAGACGAUGAGACUCCUGGCUGCUCGUAUUCUCACCUUGAACUAUGAGCCCAUCUUCAAGCUAUUUGCAAAGAAGAAAUCCUUCCGAAAGCACGGGCUUAACGCCGGUGUUGAAAUGAAGAAGAAGAACACUGUCCUCGAUGCAUGGCCGCAUGGACCGACGGUCCCCUUGGGUGACGAAGGAGAUGAGCAUGAGUUCAAUCUGCUCAUGAGUGAGAACAGCCCAUGCCCCCAGAGGUAUGUGGAGUGGAAUAAACUUGACGAGACGUGGGGUGCAUGGUGUGACUACAUGUUGGCUGGGUUUUUUCUGCGCGGCCCACCUUGUGGGGGACGCUAG